AUGAAUCAUUUAUGUGGUGAAGGUGAUUGGAGCGAACCUAUUGACCAAGCCCAAAAUUUGCCAAAAGGAGUUAGAGAGAAAAUAAAGAAGGCUGCAGAGAAAGCAUUUUUCAAUAUUCCUCUUUCUGAAUCUGUUGUUCCCUAUGCUCAAGUUAAACAAUGUUCUGAUGAAAGAUUUGUAGAUUUUGUGAAUAGAUUAAAGGUACAGAUUGAAAGACAAGUGCAGAAUACCACCCUGCACUCUGACUUGCUGUUGGAAAUGGCUCGAGUGAAUGCGAAUGAAGCCUGCAAAGCACUGAUUCGGGUGCUGCCGAAAGAUCCACCACCGACCUUGACAACUUUGAUCGAGAUGUGUACGGAUGUAAUCAGCACUUCAAUGCCAAGGACUGAGGAUUCCCAAAGAACCCCAGGAAGGAUUGCAGCCACAACUGUACCUACUCUGCCAUCACCAGCAAAGCCGAAGGGAGCGUUCACCUGUCAUCGGUCUGACUUCUGCCACCGAAAUAACACCAAUGGUUGUGAGGUUUGGAAGCCAAAAUUACCUCUCAAAUUGUUUACUGUGAAAGAUCAAUUUUUUAGGUCUCGCCACUGGACGGUUGUUUCCGUUGACCCGCUGAGGGAAAAACUGACCCCCGACUUGAAUUGUAAGUUUCUUGUUAUUGGGGACACAAAAAACACACCCCCAGAGAUUGAAAUUUCUCCUGUCACUCUUUCAGCUGACUUGGAUGCACUCAUCCUUUUGGCACGGUGCAUCAACCCACCAUUCUACCUGGCACAAGGGCAGGUAAUUGCUCAAGCUAUUCCCAUUCCAUCAGGGAUCCCAGUAGAUGAUGUAGCACCUCAGAUCUACUGGGCUCAAGCAGUGGGAGAAAACAAACCCAUCAUCUCAUGCCAUUUGAAAAAAGGUAGUGAAGGCAUGGGAAUGACAGGCAUGAUAGACACAGGAGCAGAUGUGACUGUCAUCCCUGAAAGGAGAUGGCCACCACAAUGGGAACUGCAACCGAUGGUUAGCCACAUCCAAGAUUCCGAAAACACCUCGGGAUUUUUGAUUGCGGCCACUGAGAAGCGCCAGACCCAGAAACUAGAAUGGACCACAGAUUCCCCAAUUUGGAUACCCCAGUGGCCGCUGAGUAAAGAGAAAUUAAAGGCGCUAAACGAGUUAGUAGAUGAGCAAUUGGCCCAAGGCAAUAUUGAACCUACUUUUAGCCCUUGGAACUCCCCUGUGUUUGUCAUUAAAAAGCCAGGGAAAGACAAGUGGAGAUUAGUUCAUGAUCUGAGAGAAAUUAACAAAGUCAUUGUAGACAUGGGACCUCUUCAACCAGGGAUGCCGUCUCCUGCCAUGCUUCCUCAAGAUUGGGAAUUGGCUGUGAUUGACAUCAAAGAUUGCUUUUUCAAAAUUCCUCUAGACCCUAUCGAUGCCCCCAGGUUUGCUUUUUCUGUGCCUUCCCUCAACAGAGAAGCCCCAAUGAGAAGGUUUCAUUGGAAAUCCCUCCCCCAAGGGAUGAAAAAUUCACCUGUGAUUUGCCAAUGGUAUGUUGCUGCCUUGUUAUCCCCUGUGCGAGCUGAGGUGGGGGAAGCCAUUAUCCUGCAUUAUAUGGAUGAUGUGCUAGUGUGUGCCCCCCAGGAAAAAUUGCUCCAGUCCACACUGGACCGGGUGACCGAAGUUUUAACAACUGCAGGACUCACCCUUCAGGAAGAAAAAGUACAAAAGAUGCCUCCUUGGAAAUACCUAGGUCUGGAAAUCACUGCAAAAACAAUUGUUCCUCAAAAAUUAGCUUUUAACAGCAAUCCCAAAACCUUAGCCGACUUGCACUCUCUGUGUGGAACACUGAAUUGGGUUAGGCCUUGGCUAGGCAUUGCCACUGAUGACCUAGCCCCUCUUUUCAAUUUAUUGAAAGGGGGAGAUGAGCUGAGUGCUCCAAGGACUCUGACUCCAGAAGCCAGGGAUGCUUUAGAGAAGGUAAGCAGCAUGAUGGAGAAGAGACAGGCACAUAGAUGCCAUCCAGAGCUGCCUUUCAAAUUUAUUGUAAUGGGGAAAUUGCCACACCUUCAGGGGUUGAUUUUUCAGUGGGACAAGGACCAGAAAGACCAUUUGAUAAUCAUUGAGUGGGUCUUUCUCAGUCACCAUCGGUCCAAAAAUAUUACAAGGCCACAGGAAUUGAUGGCCCAGCUGGUUGGAAAGGCCAGGCUGAGAAUGAGAGAACUUGCUGGCUGUGAUUUUUCAUGUAUACAUUUGCCCCUAAGCCUCUCUGAGGAAGAAACCUCCUCAGUGAAGAUGACCAGGGAAAUGUUUGAGCACCUCUUGAGGAAUCAAGAGACCCUGCAAAUUGCUCUGGAGAAUUUUACUGGGCAGAUUUCAGUUCAUGCCCCUGCACACAAAUUGUUUAAUUCAAAAUUUAAUUUGGUACCAAAAGAUAAGAGGAGUCAGAAGCCCCUUGAAGCUUUGACUGUUUUUACUGAUGCUUCUGGAGCAUCCCGAAGGUCAGUAAUGACCUGGAAGGAUCCUCAGACGCAGCAGUGGGAAACAGAUGUUGAUUAUGUAGAAGGAUCCCCUCAAAUUGCUGAGUUAGCAGCAGUGGUUAGAGCAUUUGAGAGGUUUUCAGAACCAUUCAAUUUGGUCACUGAUUCAGCUUAUGUAGCAGGAGUAGUUUCCAGAGCAGAAAAUGCAGUCCUCAAGGAGAUCUCAAACAGAACUUUGUUUGAAUUGCUCUCAAAAUUAAUUUAUGCAGUUUCCCAUCGAGAACAUCCCUAUUUUGUUAUGCAUACCCGGUCGCACAUGGAAUUACCUGGUUUCAUAGCAGAAGGGAAUGACAGAGCUGAUUCCCUGGCUGCUGCCCCUGUUGGACUGGCCAGACUCCCUGACCUGUUUCAACAGGCAAAAUUAAGCCAUGAAAUGUUUCAUCAGAAUGUACCAGGUUUGAUUCGACAGUUUAAUCUGAAACGAGAUCAAGCCAAAGCCAUUGUGGCCACAUGUCCCCACUGUCAGCGCACAGCUCUGCCAUCCCUGGGUGCUGGAGUCAAUCCAAGGGGACUGAAAAGCUGUGAAGUAUGGCAAACUGAUGUAACACACAUCCCUGAAUUUGGACAGGUAAAAUAUGUACAUGUAUCCAUUGAUACCUUCUCGGGAGCAAUUUUUGCCUCAGCCCAUGCAGGAGAAAAAGGUGUGCAUGCCACAAAGCACCUGUUGCAAGCUUUUUCUGUACUAGGAAUCCCUAAAGAAAUUAAAACAGAUAAUGGACCAGCAUAUAUUUCCAAAGUGUUUAAGGAAUUUUUGCAGGAAUGGGGAGUGAGACACAAGACAGGAAUCCCCCACUCUCCAACAGGUCAAGCAAUAGUAGAGAGAGCACACCAGUCACUCAAAAGAGUUUUGAAAAAUCAAUGGAAAAACAAAGUAAAGUUAACACCACAGGAAAGAUUAUGCAAAGCCCUGUUCACUCUCAAUUUUUUAAACUGUUCUAUGGAAGAUCAAAACCCCCCAGUGGUUAAGCAUUUCUCCCCUCAUGGCAAACACAAGCUCAAGGAACAUCCACCAGUGCUGAUGAGAGACCCUGAAAGUGGAAAAAUUGAAGGUCCUUACAAAUUAGUGACAUGGGGAAGAGGAUACGCUUGUGUAUCAACACCCCUGGGUUUGCGGUGGGUCCCACAGAGGUGGGUAAAACCGUACAUUGAAAAACAUCCCACAAGACCCCCCGAUAUUUCAGUAGCAGAAGUUCAAAGAACAAACAGGUAUUUGGGUGGAGAAGGAAAUCCAGAUUCUCCAUUCUACCCUGACUUUCCACUGUUGAAUCUGUUUAUUGAUGAAUUUAGCUAAUGGUUUUUGUUCCUUGUUUACCUGUAUUUUAAGAAGAAACCAUCCUCAGUAUGACAGUUUUGUAGACAUUUUCUCAGGAUGGGGAUUUUCGGGAUGGCUGUCUUCUGUUUUCUGGACUGUUUUAGGGUUUUUUGCAAUUGUUGUUGUUGUUUUGAUUGUGUUUUCUGUUUUGCAACGUUGGUGUGUUACCACCACCACCAAGUUAAUUUCUCCUGCACCUCAGAUAAAUGCUGUGGAAUUCCCAAAUCCCAAUACACCCCAAACCCCUUCCCCUUGGUUUGAAGAAGUAAAACCAAGUUCCCUUCCUUCUUUUGGAAAAAAUUAGGGGGAGAUGUUG